AUGAUGAGCACUCCAGCUGCGGGCACGCCCACCGCGGCUCCUCGGCGCCACUACCACCGCAAGGACGCCGCCUGCGGGAAGGGCGGCGCCCGUGGGGGCGCAGAGGCACGGCUGCAGGAGGCCGUCCUGUGGGCCGGCGGAUCCCUGCUGCUGGCCACCGCCACGGUCCUCGUCGGGGUCCUCGCGCGGUCCCUCCUGGUGGAGAGGUGGACGAGGCCCCAGCGGUGGAGCCCGUCCGGCGCCGACCUGUGGGUCCUGGAGCAGAGCGCCGGGAGCGCGGGGUACUUCAUAGACAUCGGCGCCACCCACCACGCCGGCCUGUCGAAUACCAGGCUGCUGGAGCAGCGCGGCUGGUCUGGCGUCUGCGUGGACCCCGACACGCGCCCCUACGAGGAGCGCGGGUGCGGCUGGGUGUCGCGGCCGAUCGGCUCGAAGGGCGGGGAGCUCGUGGACCUGCCCGCGUGCGGGAAGAACGCAUCGUCGUGCCCGGAGGGCAAGGCCACGACGAUCGGGAUUGACGAUUUGCUUACCUUGGUGGAGGCGCCGCCUGUGAUUGAUUACGUCUCCAUUUCUGCACGGAGCCGCGGCCUGGACAUGCUCGAGGGCUUCCCGUGGGACCGCCACUGCGCGCGCCACUGGACCGUGGAGCACGCCGGCGAACCGAGCCAGAUGACGGGCCUGUGGAGCAAGUUCGGCGCCCAGGGCUGCCGCAUGGCCAUCGGCGUGGCUGACUUCUGGGCGGCGUGCGGCUGCGGCGGCGAGCCCCCGCCGCCGGCCAGCGCCGCAGGGCGUCCUGGCGCCGUCCGUGCCGGCGGGCCCGCCACGCUGACCGUCGACGGCAAGGGCGAGGGCUGA